CGCUCCCUCCGCUUCCCAGCGUGCACCGGGCGCGGUGGCUGUCUGGCCACGUCCCCGGGCCACGUCGCUCGGUGCCCGCUGAGCUUGCGCCAUCUUCGCUCCCCGGCUCCGGGCUGCUCCGCCGUUCCGUCGCCAUGAACAUCUUUCGCCUCACCGGGGACUUGUCCCACCUGGCGGCCAUCAUCAUCCUGCUGCUCAAGAUAUGGAAGAGCCGCUCCUGCGCUGGUAUUUCUGGGAAAAGCCAGCUUCUGUUUGCACUGGUCUUCACUACCCGCUAUCUGGACCUCUUCACUUCAUUCAUUUCAUUGUAUAACACAUCUAUGAAGCUUAUCUACAUUGCCUGCUCAUAUGCCACCGUGUACCUGAUCUACAUGAAAUUUAAGGCCACCUAUGAUGGAAACCAUGAUACGUUCAGGGUGGAGUUUCUGAUAGUUCCUGUUGGUGGACUCUCGUUUCUUGUCAAUCAUGACUUCUCUCCUCUGGAGAUAUUGUGGACUUUCUCCAUCUACCUUGAAUCUGUCGCCAUUCUCCCCCAGCUCUUUAUGAUCAGCAAAACUGGGGAAGCGGAGACCAUCACUACUCACUACCUUUUCUUCCUGGGUCUGUACCGUGCCUUGUACUUGGUCAACUGGAUUUGGCGCUACUAUUUUGAGGGAUUUUUUGACCUCAUAGCGGUUGUUGCUGGUGUGGUCCAGACUGUUCUUUACUGUGACUUCUUCUAUUUGUACGUUACAAAAGUACUCAAGGGAAAGAAGCUCAGUUUGCCAGCGUAAGUGCCAAAAAACAUCACCAGCAUCUGUCCUUUUGGAUGCUUGGACAGAACAAUCCUUAUCACAAGCAAAGGUGAAGAUGCUUGAGACAGAAAGUCAGAAACACAGCUCUUUAUAGUGCAGGUAGUCAUCAGCGGCUCUGUAAGAACGGAGGAAAAACAACCAGCAGAUUUCUGUUUGAUGCAUCUUGCCUUUAUCUUUUUUAUUACUAUGUAUAAAGAUUUUUUACAUAAAGAAACUUAUACUGUAUUAAUAAAUUCAGUGUAUGGUUUCAAUUGGAAUAAUUCCAAAAGUGAGAUUUUUGUGAGAUUGUUUAUGACCAGGAAAAAAGUGCAAACUUUUUCUUAAUUUUCAAGAAUUUCUUUGAAAUUACUGAUUUUUUUUUUUCUUUUUUUUUUUUUUU